AUGAGCGGAUCCGCGCUGCCGCUGAAGACUUCCUGCUGCAGGUGGAGGAAGGAGGAGGAAAGGCUCGAGUCCCGGAGCUGAGAGCGAUGCUCACCGAGCGGCUCGCGGCGGCGGGAGAGCAGAUCCUCGCGGGACUUGAGGAAACCUUGUUAGAGUCCGAGGAGCGAGUGGAGCGGACCGAGCUGGAGAUCUGCCGCCAGAGGAGGCUGCUCGAUGCCGUGAUGCAGCCCGAAGUCCGGCUGCACAGAGCAGUGUGUCCUGCAGAUGUCCAGCAACUGAUGGUGAUUAAAGAAGAGGUUCCCUCUGAGCAGCAGCAGUGGAGCCCCCUUGUGGACCAAAAGGACCCAGAGCCCCCCCAAAUUAAAGCGGAACAGGAGGAACCGUGGACCAAUCAGGAUGGACAGCAGCUUCACGGACUGGAGGAGCCUGAUAUCAAGUUCACAUUGACUCCUGUCGCUGUGAAGAGUGAAGAAGAUGAAGAGAAACUUAAAUCGUCAAAGCUUCAUCCGAGUGAGACGAAGGAGAACAGAGCGGACUGUGGAGGACCAGAACCAGUCUGGAACUCAGGUCCUGAUGGACGUUUACAACCAGGUCCUGAGGACAAAACUGAAGACUCUUCUGAGACUGAAGUCAGUGAGGAUGAUUGGAUGGAGACCAGGGAAACUCAGACUGGUUUACAUACAAGAAACAACAAACAGCCUCUAAAUGAUAUGGGAUGUAAGACAGAAAAAAAAAUGUUUAGUUGCCCUGAGUGUGCUAAAAGAUUUAACCAUAGGGGCCAUCUAAAUAGACAUAUGAGGAUUCAUACAGAAGAGAAACCGUUUAGUUGCACUGAGUGUGAUAAAAGAUUGAACCAUAGGGGCAGUCUUAAUAGACAUAUGAGGGCUCAUACAGGAGAGAAACAGUUUAGUUGCACUGAGUGUGAUAAAAGAUUGAACCAUAGGGGCAGUCUAAAUAGACAUAUGACGGCUCAUACAGGAGAGAAACAGUUUAGUUGCCCUGAGUGUGGCAAAAGAUUUACCCAAAGGUCAAAUCUAAAUACACAUAUCAGGAUUCAUACAGGAGAGAAACCGUUUAGUUGCUCUGAGUGUGUUAAAAGAUUUAACAAAAGGUCAAAUCUAAAUGCACAUAUGAGGAUUCAUACAGGAGACAAACCGUUUAGUUGCUCUGAGUGUGGUAAAAGGUUUAUCAAAAGGGGCGAUCUAAAUACACAUAUGAGGAUUCAUACAGGAGAGAAACCGUUUAGUUGCCCUGAGUGUGGCAAAAAAUGUUCCGAAAGGGGCAGUCUAAAUAAACAUAUGAUGAUUCAUACAGGAGAGAAACCGUUUAGUUGCUCUGAGUGUGGCAAAAGAUUUAACCACAGGUCAAAUCUAAAUAAACAUAUGAGGAUUCAUACAAGAGAGAAACAGUUAAGUUUCUCUGAGUGUGGUUAAAGAUUUAAAGGAGACAUAUUAUGCCCAUUUUACCACAGUUGAUAUUGUUCAUUGGGGUCUUAAUGAAAUGAAUAACAUAUUUUGGUCAAAAUACCACAAGGAUCAUUUAAAACAGCACCCUUUUUACCCUGUCUAAAACAGCCCUCCUCAAUUUGACCUGUUGUGAGUGCCCCGCUCACCCCCCUCAACCCCCUCUCACCCCUCCUCCCUCCUUCACGAGAUACAAGCCCCCAGAUUUUUAGCUAUCCAUUACCUCUGUAGAAAUAUGGCUACUGGAGACGAAGAUACAACCUUGCAACCAUAUCGUUUUGAACCAGGGUGAGGUGGGCCGAAGCCUGGCUCUGGGGAGAGACGGGACCGCGAGCUGACCCGUGUAGUGUGACUAUGACGUGUGUUCUGGUCGUAAUCCCAUUCGACGCAUUCUAGUGUAUUGUUUUUUUUCCAGAGGAACCACAACAAAUCGCGGAAGAUAUUUUUUUUCAGAGUUUUCGGACGGUAGACAUGCUAGAGACCCAAAUUAACGUGUAGAAGCACUACAAAAGUGGAAUUUUCAUAAUAUGUCCCCUUUAAGAUUCAGUCCCAUCGUACGAGACAUGUGAGGAUUAAUAAAAGAGAGAAGUCAUUCAGUGGCAACUUUUGCAACAAAAGAUUUAUUAGGAUAUAUCAGCAGAUAUUCAUAUUAUACAUAUUCAUAGUUCACUGUUUUAAGUAGACUAUUAACAGUUUUAUGUCCCUAGAAAAUAUAACUCAUUGAAUAACACGAAAGAUUUGUGCUUAAAUAUCUUGUUUCUACUGAUUUCUACAUAAUUUAUCUAUUUUUCUUAAAGUCGUUCAUGUCAUUUUAAGGUUAAAGUGUGUUCCUUGCACCGUAUGAAUGUGUGUUCUAAACUAGUUCAUAUGAUUAAAUAUGUUUGUUUAAGACAAUGGUUUCGUGGUUUGUGAGAUUCAAUGACAGUGUGUGUUCUCCUUUAUGUAUUGUGUUACGCCCCUGGUCCAGGGGAAAACAGAGACAUAACAUGUGGUGCUUCUCCCCAUUCUUCCCACUCCCAAGCAGGCCAGUGUCACCAGGUACUUUCGUUUAGGGGUAGCUUUUUAUUUUCUCUUCAGAGGGAGAGAAGGCCAACACAACAAACAAAACAAUCUAUCUCCCUACCUUCCUGCUACAAACCAAAAAUGUUAACAAAAAGACAAAAGCUUACCUAACUCCUAAUACAGGAAACACAGGAGACGGCUUCUCCCUCCUACAGGACUACCACCCACAGUUUUCUACUUACAUACAUACACAACAAAACAAUACUUCAGAUAGACACUGGUCCCAGUUGGAUGUGGGAGAAUUGGCAGACUGCAGUCAGUCAGUGCUUCAAGUAGGCUCCUCUCUUCACUCUGGCCAAUCCUGGAGCAGCAAUCAGGCGGCUCACGCCAAUCAGCAGGUCCAACCUGCUAUCAAUCAGGCACACACACACACACACUCAAAGAAGACUGCUCACACUCUAGGAGGAGGAACAGAACAGGAUCACAUAUACACACAGGGUCGUAACACCAGUUUUAUGUCCCUAGAAAAUAUAACUCAUUGAAUAACAGGAAAGAUUUGUGCUUAAAUAUCUUGUUUCUACUGAUUUCUACAUAAUUUAUCUAUUUUUCAUAAAGUCCUUCAUGUCAUUUUAGGAUUAAAGUGUGUUCCUUGCACCGUAUAAAUGUGUUCUUAACUAGUUCAUAUGAUUAAAUAUGUUUUCUUGGUUUGUGAGAUUCAAUGACAGUGUGUGUUCUCCUUUAUGUAUUGAAUGUGUUUCCAAGAAUACAAGUCUAAUAAAAAGUGCAGUCCUAGAAAAGCUCUGCAGUCCUUGAAAUUGUAGAAAUUGUAAUUUGAAUGUUUAAUUGUUGUUUCCAUUCCAUUUUGAAGUUGAUCUGAUGUAAGCCCUGGUACAAGUACCUCAAAGUAAAAAUGUGGAAAAUGGCCACUAAAUGCAAAACGUUUUUCAUAAUUCCCCUUGAGACUUUUUUGUUUGUCUGGUCAUGAUAGAUCGCUGUGACAAAUGUGAAUGCGUUCCGGGGGUCUCGUAUUUGAUUUUUUGUUUGCAAAAGUUUGAUAUAAGAAUGUACUUGGUUCUGUCUAGUGUGUUUUGUUAGGCACAGCUUCAAGAAGAGUAAAGCAUAACACAGUG